AUCCGCUCAUUGCUCGAGCGAGGCGGCCGCGGCCGGCGGCAGUGAAUAUUUGUACGUCGUGGUGACAGGUGGCACGUCACACCCUCAUCGUUAGUCGUAUACGCGAUUCCACCUUUUGUUUAUAAACUUGGUAUUCAUCGAGAAACUAGUAAACAUGGACAAACCGGUUGAUAAGUGACUUUACUAAAAUCUUCAUGUUAAAAAGUUUCUUGAAAGUACCGUGAAAGUGCACAGAAAAUACCGGCUCCGCGAGUCAUGUCCACAAGUACGAUUUGAAUGCGAAAUUGUCAUAAACGGGCCCGCGUAUGGAUAUUAGUGUGGAGACUGGAUAGACCUUUGGAAUUUGUAAUUGAGGCGGCCCAAGCUAGAAAAAUGAUGGAUUGUCUGUGCCCUGCGCCGCGAACUCUGGCUUGUCGCGUUGUUUUUCUCGACGAAAGAGAAUUACUUCAUGAAAUGCAGGACAAUAGUACGGGCCAAGCGUUGUUGGAUGUUGUCUUUAGACAUCUCGACCUUUUGGAGACGGCUUAUUUCGGACUUCGCUACGUUGACCAAGAUAACCAAACGCACUGGCUGGAUGCCGGAAAACGACUACGGCGUCAACUGCGUGGGUCGGAUACUCACACCUUCUACUUCGGAGUCAAGUUCUAUGCAACGGAUCCAUGCAAACUCUUAGAGGAGAUAACGAGGUACCAGUUGUUUCUGCAACUAAAGCAAGAUGUUCUGCGUGGUCGGCUGCCUGUCAAUUUUGACCUCGCGGCUGAGCUUGCAGCCUAUGUCUUGCAAUCUGAACUAGGAGAUUAUGAGCCAAGAAGACAUGGUCCAGGGUAUGUUUCCGAGUUCCGAUUCUUAGCGCAUCAAACCCCUGAACUUGAAGGACGAGCUGCCGACAUACAUAGGACACUGAAUGGUAUUUCCCCCGCGCAGGCUGAGCUAAGCUAUUUGGACAAAGUGAAAUGGCUAGAUAUGUACGGUGUUGAUCUCCACCCUGUCUUGGGCGAAGACAGCGUGGAGUACUUUUUGGGACUGGCGCCAAGUGGCCUGUUGCUUCUACGAGGAAAGCAUACAGUUGCCACUUAUUAUUGGCCGCGAGUUUCCAAACUUUACUACAAAGGACGAUACUUUAUGAUACGCGUCGCUGACAAAAACAAUGACACAUCUACCUACGGUUUCGAAUCUCCCACGAGAGCAGCAUGCAGGCACUUAUGGCGUUGUUGUUCUGAUCACCAUAACUUCUUCCGCCUUCAACAAUCGUCGCCGGCUUCCGCGGAUAUAUUCACAUUGGGAUCCAGAUUGAGAAAUAGCGGGCGCGGAGCUCGGCCCCGACCACCGCCUAACUUCACGCGGACUCCCUCCAGGCGAUACAUCCGGCAUGCUUCAUAUACAUCUCUGCAUGACAUUCCAAAGUUAGAAGACUUAAGAAUAAAAGAUUGCCCCCCUGAAAUGAAACAACCUACCUCAGUGCAUCGUCCCAACUCCAUCAACGGCGAAGCAAACUGUGAACCCAUACAUACAACGGGUGGAUCGCCGCGAUCAACGCGGUCAGCACCGGCGCGUCGUGGUUUAUAUUCCGCUUCACCAACAGCCCACAGACCACCGCCUGCACCCAGACACAGAUCUGCGUCCGUUGAUUCACAGAGCUCAAAUGAUUCGAGGUCUAAUCGGAAACACAGACAUAGAUCGCGGCGUCAGCAAUCAGACGCGGAAAGUGAAUUGUCGCGCGGCUCCGGCCGGUCCGGGCGAAAACAUCGACGUCACCGGUCACGUCAUAAGCACGACUCAGCUUCAGAGCGGGAUGAACCACAGCCUGAAUCCAAAGGGUACGAGCUAGUCGACUCGGAAUCACAAUGGAAGGAAGUAUUAAGACAGACGGCGGGCGCUGGAGUGCAAGUUGCGAACGUUCGUCGUUCACAAAUGGAGCCGGAAAUCGGAACGCAUCGAUCAUCGCACAGACCACGAAGACACAGGAAACAUCGAUCACGGUCCGGUUCGCCAAACGAAAAAAAAUGGCUGCCGACUGAGUUGAAACAGCACUUAGAGUUUUCCCUUGUGGAUACUACGGGUAUGACUGAAGAGCAGUUAAAAGAGAUACCGUACACAGUUGUUCAAACCAGCCACGCUCGUCACACUAAACUCCGGACUACCUCUAAGCAUAAGCCGAAUGAGCACGGAUCUCUGUCAAGGCGAGAGAAGGGUCACAAAAGUGAUCACGACAAUCACAAUCAAGGCUCACUCAGAUCGGUCUCAAGCACUCUCAGCGCGCAUAGGACUAACGAGAAACAUGGAAGGCGGAUUUAUCCUUGCUACGAUGACCCAGCGCUUCGUUCAGGCAACGAUUUCCUCUCAAACAAUGGGUACAAGGGCUCAGUGACUACUCCAGUAAAUAACAACCCUUAUAGUCCAGUCACAAACAGUAAUAGCAAUAGUUCGAGCGGUGAAUUGAUUGGGAGCGCGCGAGUCUCGCACGAGCACACGGAUUCCGGAUUGGGAGCUGAUCAGGACUACGCAUAUUCUUCCGAAAGGUCUUCAGACAGCGCGAAAUGCGGCGCGGGCGCUUCCCUGGCUCCUGUGAGUAGGGCGUGGGUUGGCGAGGGGGUGGGGGUGUGGCGGCGUCCACCGGCUGCGCCCCGAAGGGUUUCAGGCUCCCAGCGCUCACUUGUCUCCGUGGCGAGUGAUAGCGCAGCCACUAGGAGACAUACGCCUGUACACCCCCACCCUGGCUUCUCUCUCUUCAAACACGCUAGCAACAACAACAUAGGCGACAGCGCUUCCUUGGCGAGACGUUAUAUGCGGCCUUCGCGCGAAUCUCGCGACUGCAACGCGAAUUUGCCCCGGACCCACGCCAGGCAUAUACGACACGACAACACCCUCGACAUAAUACUUAAACCCCUUAUUGAAAGCACACAGCUUCAGAGCAACUGAAUCUGGCGAUGGGGGAGACGUCGGAUGGCAAAGGAACUGAAAUGAGCACAGAGUUAUAAACUACGCUAGCGAAAGCGCAGUUGUUGUUUUCUAUGUAAUUAUAUUUGUAAAAUAAAAAGCAAUGUCUUUUGAAAAUCUUUUAUCUGGAAAAGGAUUUGUCCACUUGUAGGACGAUAUAAAAUAUUUUUGUGCCAAAGAAUCGCUAGACGUAUGCGGAUUUGAGUAUAAUAUUCGUAAAUAAAAUAAUUAAGUCUGUAUAGAUUUUUAUGAACUAUUCGUUUUUAUAAGUAUUUAUGCUCUUAGCACUGGUACGCAGGACACCGGAAUCCCGGGUUCGAUCCUCGGUUAUUUUUUAUCAGAGAAGUGGGUGGUCUAAAUAAUAUAUUCAAUGGCUUCAAUGAAUGUUUUAGAAAACUGUAUUGUAUGUACUCCGUGUAAUAUUUUUCUAACUUAUUUAUUCCAUAACGGGUAUAGACGUAUUACUAGCAUCUACUUAUAUACUAAGUAUGGUAUAAGUAAUUGUGUACAUUUGUUAUGUAGAUUUAAAGGUUACGUAUAGGCGUAGGUUAUCAGUCGUUAUCAAUGGCUGCUAUAAAACGAUUUUUUCUCGUAGUCGAUGUCUCCAGUAUUCAAGAUAAUUUCAUAUUCCACUGCCAGUGUUAAUUUUUAAAUUAAGAAUAACAUACUUCACGAAUAUUGAAAAUACUGUUUUAGAAUUAAAAAAGUCGUGAGAGAAAAUCGUAAUCGGCCACUGCUCCUAAUUUAUUUGCGUCUGACUUCACGCGAUAAUACAGCUAUGUACCCGAUGCGGCCUCAUUAUAAGAAUUCACGUGCUGUUGUUUCGAAAUGUUAAUUAACAGUCAAUUAGAACUGUACAAGACUGAAGUUGAUUUAUAAAUUUCUACAAUCCCUGAAUUCCAGUUCGUAAUUUAUGUACAUUCAUGAUGUUCAAUAUUAAAAUUCUUAUUUACAAA